AUGACUACCUCUUACAAGAAAUAUUCAUUUGUUGUCUUUUUGAUCUUCGCGCUUUUGCUCGUUUGCUCUCUUGGCUCGAAUAAUGUCAAAGCGAAAGGACUCAAAAAACGUGGUGGAGAACACGAGACGACCCCUUGCACAACUAUAACUAAAUGGGUCAAGUCCACCGUCUCUUGUUGUAAGACGGUCACAGAAUAUAAAAUUAAAAAAUUCACAAGCGUUGUUUAUGAGACAUGUUCUGCUACUGCAUACACCACUAUCCCAACAACGACUACUACAACUUCUACGACCACUACUUGUACUACAACCACUACAACCAAAACUACUUGUCCACCUAAAACGACUCCUUGCUGUGGUAAAGACGGUAAAGAUGGUGGUAAAGACGGUAGUAAAGACGGUAAAGACCCAUGA